AUGGCAGUCACCGUGGCGGACGAUGCGCCGCCCGAAGAGAUCGAGCUGGAGGAGGACCUGCCGUCGGAGAAGAAUGCAGACCUUAUCAUGGGCACCAAUCGGAGCAGUAUUGUCUCUAAGCGCAGUGUUGAACUAUUGUAUUUGCCAAAGCCACAUUUCCAUCGUUUCUUCGUCAAGAAGCCUCUGCGCCGCGCGCCUACUAUCAACAGAGGCUACUGGCUACGGAUGCGGGCCAUCGACUGGGUAGUAAGGAAGUUCCUCGAACGUCCGACCACCAAAAGGAAAGUAGUCCUAAACCUUGGAUGUGGCUAUGAUCCGCUACCCUUCCAAUGGCUCUCAACUGAACCCGAGCAUUGUGCGAACACAACGUUCAUUGAUAUCGACUAUGAAAAGCUGAUGGAGAGCAAGCGCAAGAUCGUGCUUGACUCGUCUGAGCUCAAUGAGUUGUUCACGCUUAAUGACAGAUCCAAAGAGAACGACUGUGUGCUACUGAGUAGCGACAAGUACUACAUUCUAGGUUGUGAUCUCCGCAACCCGAAGCGAGUUGAUCGGUUGGUCAGAUCUAUCAUCGACACCUCGGAUUGCGUCGUGCUCUGUGUCGCUGAGGUUUCCAUAACCUACAUGGCGCCCGAGGAUUCCAAUGCGGUUCUUGCGUGGGCGAGCAAACUCUCUCCGGACGUGACUUUCUGCUUACUAGAGCAAGCUUCUCCGGACCGCGCAGACAAUGGAUUCACGGCCAAGAUGAUGCAACAUUUCGAGAAGCUGAACACUCCGUUGCGAUCGUUGUUGAAGUAUCCGGGCAAUCAUACUCAAACUCAGCGCUUCAAUGAAGCCGGUUUCGAUUACGUCGACUUUCAGAGCUUGUGGUCACUCUGGGCUGAUCCACGCUUUCUAUCCCCAUCUCAGCGUAUGGCUCUUGACCAUGUUGAGCCUUUCGAUGAAUGGGAGGAAUUUGCGCUCUUCGCUUCGCACUAUGCCUUGAUCGUUGCGCAGACUGCAGAGGAGCCACUGAUCGAACCGCCGCCGAAGGCUCCACGGAGGAGCAAUUCUAGGAGCAGCAACGCAUCUGACUUUUCCACAAGGACAGUGUCCCCGUACAGAGAGCAGAACGAGUGGUUUCAGUACACAUACUCUCAGAACCCUUCCAAUGAAGGCAAGACACACCAUGCCUCGGCGUACCAAGUGCCCUUUCAGAACGCGGUGGCUGUUCACGCAGGGCAAGGCACAGCCGGGCGGACAGCGACCACUUCAGUGUAUGGACCACCCAACGACCGCAACAUUCAGCCAACACUCGCGCCUACAGAUAUGGAACCUCGUUGUUGCCAUACCAUGACAACGCUGCAGAAUGGACAAAAUCUGCUGGUGGGAGGCAGGGGCAGUCCGGCGUCGCCGUACAUUGAUUGCUGGCUGCAAACGGAAAACUCGUGGGAUCGUGUUCAUGAUCUACCAGAGCCACGCUACCGGCAUCGUGCUGUGAGUAUCAUAUUUCCGGACAACAAUCAUGGGGUAGUCGUGUUUGGAGGCAAAACAUCUGCAACCUCUGUUACCGCGGACCAUCUAUUGUGGCAUCCUCGAACGGGCUGGCGCAAACUACGAUCCCUGCACCAAGACCCAAUUCCACGAUUCGGUGCAACGUUCGUCAGACUUGGCUUCAAUCAUGGCCUCAUGUUUGGCGGAAUGCGGCAAGAUGGCAUUGUUUGUCAGGGCUUGUGGCGAUGGCGUCUCAUUGUCCGCGACAGCAUCAUCGUGGGUAUCAAGUUCAAGACUUCUACUGCUCUGGAUACUUCGGCCGGCAUUUAUCCCUGGCUCGGUCGACUGGGUGCCAGCUACAGCGUGAUACGUAGCGAGCUACUGAUCAUCGGCGCAUCGCCAAGGGGGGAUGCAUUCCUCGUGAAGAUGGAUUUGCGAACCAUUUGCGUGCUGCCAAAGAUCCCUAAAGGUACGCCGCGGCCAUUUCUGAUCGGACACAGCACACAUCGAACUCAAGGAGAGACAACGCUUAUCGCAGGAGGAGGUUGUACCUGCUUCAGCUUCGGUGCUGUCUGGAAUGAUGGCGUUUACCUCCUGCAUGACCGUGAGCAAGGCGUGCAUAGUCCCUUCACACUGCUGAGACCGCUUCCACCGUCUCCGCGGCUUGCGAGUCGUACGAAGUCGUUUCGAACCAACGUCGAUCUUUCGCCACUGCAGUUCGAUGUCCCGUCGCACCUGAUACAGAAGGAUGCUGAUUUCAUCGCAAUGGUUGCGGGUGACUCACCACAACCGAAGAUGCUCAAGACUGUUGAUAUAGGCCCAUGUGCAACUCUCUGGACACCCUACUACCUCAAAUCAAAGACCAAUGCUGCGCGCAAGGUGGUCAUACACUCCGCACCGGAGCCUUUCAUGAGUUUUCAGAGGAAGGACACUUUCAGCUACAACACGUUGCCAUUUCACGCUUUCCUCAACAUCAUGGACGCCGCGACGAAAGAGCCCUCAAGCGAUAUUCAACCACACAUGUAUCUGAGAUCGAUUUCGUCCUUGUCGCCUAAUUCAAAACCGGCGACGCUCUCAGACGACUGGCCAGAACUAGCCGCAGACUUCUGCUUGCCGUCUCAGCUCAAGCUGUUGGCCCAAAACCUCCACUCCUCGGUGUUACGAAUAAGCAUGAAUGUGUCAAUGUGGCUGCAUUACGAUGUUAUGGCUAAUAUUCUCUUCCACGUUACAUCUCACCCAACACCCGUGCCCAAGUACCUCAUCCUGUUCCCUCCACAGGACAUCAAAAGGCUAUCUUUCCCCACCGGAUCUACAACAUCAACAUUGGACAUCUUCAAGCCAAAAGAGGAGCCAGUCGCAUCACCAAAGCAGCCCACUCGGAUCCCAGAUAAGUCCAAUAUCGAGACCGAUCCAUUCGCAAGUGCCGUCUUUCCACCAGGCACUCAUCCUCACUUGGUCACACUUCAUCCGGGCACUGGCGUCUUCAUCCCACCACUCUGGUCUCAUACAGCACUACCAUCACCUCCAGGCGUCAUGAAUACGUCUGUCAACCUCUUCUUCCACUCGAUGCCACGCUCGGUCUACGCUGCCGGUCGCGAUGUUUACGGCAACCGCGAUUUAGGCGCUUUCGAAGAGGGCAGACGAGACUUGGAGAAAAUUACUCAACGAUUCAAGAUUGCGCCGGGAUCGAAAGUGAAGAAAGCGGCACACAAAGACGACGAUGAGAAGGUGAACGGCCAGGUAAUCAAUGGUGACUCGCAAAGUACAGCUGAAGUCAAAGCGUUGAAUCCUGCGAUACCGAAAGCGGUGGCGAAGGCAUACCUCGAGCGUCUUGCUGCGGAACUACUGGAGAAGGCGUCUUCACUAUGA